AUGAUGACAGCGCUCAGAAUGGUUUCAUCACUGCUGGUGCUGGUGCUGAUGCAGUCCGGAGCGCUUUGCGCACGGAGGUUCCGGGGUGGCCGCAACCCACAACCGCGACGCGCACCACCUCCUCCAACUUACCGUGCCGACCGUGGCGACACCACGGAGAGCUUCCCUCUGGAUUUCACCGCCGUGGAGGAGAACAUGGAUAACUUCAUGACACAAGUCAAGAACCUCGCGCAGUCCCUGUACCCGUGCUCGGCGCAGAAGCUCGAAAACGACAUGAAGCUGAACUUUUUGGAGAAUACAUCAGUCACCUGCAACGACGGAAGUCCUGCGGGGUACUAUCUGAAAGAAUCGCGAGGCAGCAGGCGGUGGCUGAUAUUCUUAGAGGGUGGCUGGUACUGCUUCAACAAGGAGAACUGCGACAGCCGAUACGAAACCAUGAGGAGAUUGAUGAGCUCAUCCAAGUGGGCCCAGACGAAAACAGGCACAGGGAUCCUGUCUCCACUGCCGGAGGAAAACCCUCACUGGUGGAAUGCCAACAUGGUGUUCCUCCCGUACUGCUCCAGCGACGCGUGGAGUGGCGCUACUGCCAAAACGGAGCAAAGUGGCUAUGCCUUCAUGGGCUCACUGAUUAUCCAGGAGGUAGUGAAGGACCUGCUGAACAAAGGUCUGGACAACGCAAAGGUCCUCCUCUUAGCAGGAAGCAGUGCGGGUGGCACUGGGGUCCUGCUGAACGUAGACCGUGUGGCAGAAACCUUGGAGGGACUUGGACACACUGGGAUACAAGUGCGAGGUCUGGCUGAUUCUGGCUGGUUCCUGGACAACAAACAGUACCACUGCACAGACUGUGUGGACGCUGUCAACUGUUCACCCACUGAGACAAUCAAGAGAGGCAUAAAGUACUGGGGAGGAGUGGUGCCAGAGAGGUGCCAGCAGGCACAUCAAGGAGAAGAGUGGAACUGUUUCUUUGGAUACAGAGUAUUCCCUUCAAUAAAAAGCCCUGUGUUUGUGGUCCAGUGGCUCUUUGAUGAGGCCCAGCUUACAGUGGACAACAUCCACCUUACCGGACAACCUGUACAGGAAGGGCAGUGGCGCUACAUCCAGAAUUUGGGCAUAGAGCUGAGAAACACUCUCAAAGAUGUCCCGGCUAUGUUUGCUCCAGCAUGCCUAUCUCAUGAAGUUAUCACCAGAAACUACUGGAUUGACGUGCAGGUUAAAGGCACCUCCCUGCCUCGAGCGCUGCACUGUUGGGACCGGAGCCUCAACGACAACAGGAACAACAAAGCCCCACCUAAAGGCUGCCCGGUGCAUUUGAUCGACAGCUGCCCGUGGCCACACUGCAACCCCACCUGCCCGACCAUCCGAGACCAGUUCACGGGACAAGAGAUGAAUGUGAUUCAGUUCCUCAUGCACAUGGGCUUCGAUGUGCAGAAGAUGGCUCAGCAGCAGGGCAUGGACCCAAGCAAGCUAUUGGGCAUGCUCAGCAGCGGCAGCUAAAGGGACACACACAAACACACACACAGACACACACUCACACACACACACACACACACACAUUCAGUAUCUUCAAGCUAUAAGUCCGAGCAGGGCUGUCUGCUCUCUCUGGCCAAUGUCUCAUGCCAAAUACCUCCAAGUACCCAUCCACCAUCACAACCCAUUCUACCUAUGGUCUGUUCCCCUCUGACCUUCUGCUUACUUUAGUCCAAACCUCAUGGUCAUACAAAGGGGCUUACAUUUUGAGACACAACCCUUUCCAUCAACUACUGGGUACAGGGCCAACAUGCCCCCAUGACAAGGCAAAACUCUCUGCUACUCUCCAUUUAAAUUAUCUUUUGCUUCGUAAAAGGAAAGAAAUCAUAACAAAUGUAAUCCAGUUUUAAGGAUGCUCAUUGAUGUUCUGUUUUUUUUUAAAUAUUAUUUCCAUCCUUCCAUAUAGACUUUAUUAAGUCAUUGUUAAAGGUUGAGUGUGUAGGAUUUAGGGACAUCUACUGGUGAAGUUGUAUGUUGCAGCUGAAUAUUCCUCACCUCAGCCUCUGUGAGAGAACCCUCGGUAGCCUUCGGUUGUCAUAAAAACUCAAAAGGUGUUUAGUUUGUCCUGACUGGGUCACAGUAAAAACAUGGGGGCCUCCACAGAGGAGACUCACUCCCGAUGUAAAUAUAAAGUAUUUAAAAAUAAAUGGCUCAUUCUAGGGUAAAGAAAACAAUUUUUUUUAAAUUAAGGUGAUUACACAUGGAUGAAAAUAUCACUAAUUAUUUUAUAUUCUGCCAAUAAAUCCCUUUCACCUAAAUCUUAAACACUGGACCUUUGAAGAAAGAAAAUGUCACAAUGA